CCGGCUUUCAGCAGCAACUGGGCAAAGCGCGCGAGGUGUCUGUCCGUGUGCGUGAACGUGCAUGGUUGUCUUGUGGGUUCCCUUUUGGGGUCACCAUGGCCGAACCCAGCAAACGACAGAGGCUCAGUCACAUUAACAGCAGCUCACAAACUUCGAGUAAAAGCUUAUCGAGCAUUUUCACGGACAGUCAGGACGAAGGACUCGAGGGGGAGGGUCGAUAUGUGGAGGGAUCCAUACUUCGGAUCACCAUGAAGAACUUCCUGACGUACGACUACUCUGUGGUGUAUCCUGGACCUAAUCUGAACAUGAUUGUCGGGGCCAAUGGUACUGGAAAGUCCAGCAUUGUGUGUGCCAUCUGUCUGUGUCUGGCUGGCAAGACAGCUGUUCUUGGCAGAGGUGAUAAGGUUGGGCUCUAUGUCAAGCGUGGUUGCAAAAAAGGCCAUGUUGAAAUUGAACUGUACAAAAGAGGUGGUAACGUAGUGAUUUUUAGAGAGAUACAUGCGGAGAACAAUCAGUCUCUGUGGAUGUUGAAUGAUCGGCAGUGCAGCCAGAAGGCGGUGGAAGAGGAAGUCAAAGCUCUGCGCAUCCAAGUCAGCAACCUCUGUCAGUUUCUACCUCAGGAAAAAGUUGGCGAGUUUGCCAAGAUGUCCAAAAUUGAGUUGCUGGAAGCAACUGAGAAGUCAGUGGGCCCACCAGAGAUGUAUGAAUACCACUGUGAGCUCAAAAACUUCCGCAACAAAGAACGAGAACUGGAGAACAUUGUGAAGGAGAAAGCAAGCUUCCUGGAGAAAGCCAAGCAGCGAAAUGAAAGGAAUAAACACGAUGUAAACCGUUACUACGAAAAAAAGAGGCAUCUGGAUGUAAUCGAGUUGCUCGAGAAGAAGAAACCAUGGGUGGAGUACGAGACCACACGUAAGGAACUUGAGGGUGUGAAGAAGGAGCGUGACGAGGCGAAAAAGCAGCUUUUAAGCCUAAAGCAGACCCAGGCGCCCAUGGUGAAGAAGAUCCAACAGAUUGAGGAGCAGCUGAAGCCAACUGAGGCACAGAUAAAGGCUAAGACUGCUGCCAUCAAAGAAGCCUCGCUGAAGUGCAAACAGAAACAAGAUCAGCUGGAUCGAAAAAACAAAGAGAUUGACGAUAUUAAACAAAAAUGCAGACUCAAGCAGAUGGAGGAGGAAGACCACCAGAAGCGAAUCAGCAACACCAGAAGAACCAUCGAAGACCUGAAGGCGGAGCUUGCCAAAGUUGGCGACCAGCCUGAUGUAACCCCGCGCAUCAACGCCGUCAACGCUGAUCUGAGGCGCAUUCAGGAGGAGAGAGCCAAGAUCGAAGGGGAGAAGGGCGACCUGCGCAGGGAGAAGGACAACCUUUGUGCUGAAUCCAGAAUGUUGGAGAAGAAGCUCAAUGACAUGAACAACAUGAUGAAUGCCAAAGAGGAGAAGCUGCGAGGACGUCACAGGGACACACACACUGCCCUCCAGUGGCUCAGACAGAACAAGCAACUCUUUCGUGGAAACGUCUACGAGCCCAUGAUGCUGGUGAUCAAUGUGAAGGAUCACCGCUUUGCUAAGUAUGUGGAGAACCACAUCUCAUUCCACGACCUCCGUGCGUUCGUUUUCCAGAGGAAAGACGACAUGGAGAAGUUUAUGAUCGAGGUCCGUGACAAGAUGAACUUGAAGGUGAACUCCAUCUGUGCUCCGGAGGAGUCAUGUUCUAAGCGACCGCCAUCCCGAAAUAUUGAGUCCCUGAGGCGUUUUGGGUUCUUCACCUACCUCCGAGAGAUGUUUGACGCCCCCGAUGAGGUCAUGAGUUACCUCUGUCACCAGUACAGGGUGCAUGACGUGCCAGUGGGCAAUGAGCGAACCAAAUCCAUGAUUAAAACGGUGAUUGAGGAGCCCUACCUCAAGGUGCUGUACACAACAGAGGAGAGGUACACUGUCAAAAGGUCCUUUUACUCUAACAAGAUAAGCACCAGCAACUCUGCGGUACACCCUUCCCAGUACCUCACCAUCACUGUGGAUGCUGAAGAGAAACGGCAGCUAGAGCAGCAGAUGAAGUCCUGUGAGUCAAAGCUGCGAGACAUCGACGAGAGGAUGAAGGCCUUGCAGAAGGAAGCUGUUGCACUGGACCGCCGUGACAAUGAACUGUUGGCAGAGAAGAAGCGUCUCUCUGAACUAAAGGGGAAAAAACGACAACUGGAGCAGAAAAUUAGUACCAAACAGGACAGUCUGAAGCAGAUGGAGCAGAAUAUUAUUGACCUGAAAAAGAUUGAGGAGGAGACUAAAGAGAAAAUUGCAGCUGUAAAUGCUGAGAAAGUGACCAUAGUGACUGCAUUCAUGGCCCAAAUGAAGCUGAGAGCCAAGCUGACGAUGGAGAAGGUGCAUCUGGCGUUGGAGACGGUGGGACUGACGGCAGAGAAGAACAAGCUCGAGAAUGACUGCAGAGAAGGUGCCUCUGACCUGAGGACCACUGAUCAAAAAUGCAGCCGUCUGGAGCAGAGAAAGGUGCAGCUGACAGACCAGUGCAAAGGGCUGUUGAAGAGAGCAAAGGCGAUCUGUAAGAUGCAGCCUGAUCAGUCAUUACCCGAAGACCUGCGUAAUGCUUUCAGCAAGCUCCCCGACACGCUGGAUGAGGUCGAUGCCAUGCUGAAUGAGGAGCGCUCCAGAGCCGAGUGCUUCACUGGCCUCAGUGAAAAUGUUGUCGAUGAGUACAACAGGAGAGAGCAGGAGAUUAAACAAAUGGAGAAAGAGCUGGAAGAAAAGAGCAACGCCCUGAAUGCCUACCGACAGAACAUAUCUGAGGCUAAGGAACGCUGGCUUAAUCCUCUGAAACAUCUGGUUGAACAGAUAAAUGAGAAGUUCAGUGCUUUCUUUCGCUCCAUGCAGUGUGCAGGAGAAGUUGAUCUGCAUUCAGAGAAUGAGGAGGAGUACGACAAGUACGGGAUCCGCAUCCGGGUGAAGUUUCACGCCACCACCCAGCUCCACGAGCUGACGCCUUACCAUCAGAGUGGAGGAGAGCGCAGUGUCUCCACCAUGCUUUACCUCAUGGCUUUGCAGGAGCUCAACCGCUGUCCCUUCAGAGUGGUGGAUGAGAUCAAUCAGGGAAUGGAUCCUGUAAAUGAAAGAAGAGUCUUUGACAUUGUGGUCCGCACAGCCUGCAAAGAGACAACGUCCCAGUACUUCUUCAUAACACCUAAACUGCUGCAGAAUCUUACGUAUGCCGAGGAGAUGACCAUCCUUUGCGUCCAUAACGGCCCCCACAUGCUCUCCCCCAACCAGUGGGACGAGAGGGCUUUCGUCAGACGGUGUCUUGAAAGAAAAGCCAGGGCAUGAGCCCUCUGGAUUGACCUGUUCUCCUUGAAACUCUAGUUUUAAGGAGUGUUUAUAAUUUUUAAAAAAGAAUUAUUGGGUAUACUUUGUCACUUAAUGUUCAGAAUCUUUAAUGCUGCCAUUUUUGCAGUUUUUUGGUUUUGUUUUAAUGGUAUUGGGCAUUAUAAAAAAGAUUAAGAGAAAAGUGUUUAUAAAUAAUAUUAUCCGUUUUCAUCAUUUGCACAUUUUCUUAUUUAUGCAGCCGAUAUCUUGUCUCGUGUGUCUUUAACAGUUGCUCGUGUUUAUAUAUUUGAAUAAAAUGUUCUGCUGUUUCUCUUCUA